UAUAGAAGUAUAAAUACGGUAGUCAACUGUCGAGCGGGUACACAGAAAUGUGAGCCACCGAACUGUCAAGUACAGUUGGAUUAUCCGAGAGGCUUCAAGCCUUAGAUAUAUUAUAGCAGGCCGAGUUACCUUAGAGGAGAUAUUAAACAGAAUAAAAUGGUGAACAUAGAGAACAUGCGACGCACGAUGGGUCAGCGUGGCAAUAUCCGCAACAUGGCGGUCAUUGCGCACGUGGAUCACGGAAAGACAACGCUGACGGACGCUCUCCUUGCACGUGCCGGGAUCAUUUCCAUGGACCAGGCUGGGGACAAGAAAGCUACUCAUACUCGCAAGGAUGAACAGACUAAAGGGAUCACCAUUAAAUCUACGACCGUGUCGAUGCACUAUGAGCUUGAUGUCCCAACUGGACCCGUCACCGAGGAGGUCCCGGAGGGUAGGUCUCUUGUAGUCAAUCUCAUUGACUCCCCCGGGCACGUAGAUUUCUCCUCUGAGGUGACGGCGGCACUGCGUAUUGCCGACGGGGCAAUGGUUGUUGUGGAUUGUAUUGAAGGUGUCUGCGUACAGACAGAGACGGUUUUGCGCCAAGCACUAACGGAGAGGAUAAAGCCUGUCUUAAUGAUCAACAAAAUGGACCGGGCAGUGUUCGAAGUACAGCUGACGAAUGAAGAAAUUUACCAGUCACUUUCCCGAACAAUUGAGAACGCUAACGUUAUUUUGGCAACGUAUGGUGGAGAAUGUGGUGUAAUGGGGGACAUCAUGCUGGAUCCGGCCAAGGGAAACGUUGCAUUCGGUUCCGGACUGCAUGGCUGGGGCUUUAACCUCGACCAGUUUGCGCAGAUGUAUGCUGAAAAGUUUAAGAUAAAGAAAGAGAAAAUGAUGAAACUGUGGGGAGAUAAUUUCUACAAUUCGGAGGAGAAGAAAUGGACGAAGGUUCCGUCAAAGGGCAGUGAAAGAGGAUUCAGCAAGUUCGUCCUUGAACCCGUCAUAAAGGUAUUACGUGAUUGCAAAGAAAACCAGAAAGAGAGCGUAAUUGCUAUAACAAAGAAACUUGGCUUACAUCUGACAAAAGACGAUGUUGAACUUGAAGGAAAAUCAUUCAUGAGAUGCGUUAUGAAGAAAUGGCUGCCCGCAGCAGACGCCAUGUUGCACAUGAUUGUUAACCAUUUACCCUCACCAGAAGUAGCUCAACGCUACCGGACCGAGAUAUUAUACGAAGGUCCUCUUGACGACCCGGCAGCCACAGGCAUGAAGCAAUGCGAUCCCAAUGGACCUCUCAUGGUUUAUGUAUCCAAGAUGGUUCCUUCAUCGGACAAAGGAAGAUUCUAUGCCAUAGCUCGUGUUUUCUCCGGUACCGCCGCAACGGGAAUGAAAGUGCGAAUAAUGGGUCCCGAUUAUAAACCGGGAAACAAGAUGCAGACGGACCUUUAUGUCAAGAGUAUCCAAAGAACACUUGUCAUGAUUGGCGGUAGUGUAAUGUCAGUAGAUGACGUCCCGGCAGGAAACAUUUGUGGACUGGUAGGCAUUGACAAGUAUUUGGUUAAGACGGGAACGAUUAGUACAUACGAACAGGCGCACAACCUAAAGGUGAUGAAGUUCUCGGUGAGCCCAGUUGUACGAGUAGCGGUAGAUGUUGUCAAUCCAGCACAUCUGCCUAAACUGGUAGAAGGGAUGAAGAGACUUUGUAAAGCUGACCCAAUGGUGCAGUGUUUAGUGGACAAUGGUCAGCACAUACUGCUUGGUGCAGGCGAGUUACAUCUGGAGGUCUGUUUACAAGAUCUAGAAGAAGAGCAUGCAGGAGUUGCAAUCAAGAAAUCUAAACCUCUUGUAAGUUACCAAGAGACUGUUAGUGAGCCGUCAGAUCGUCUCUGUUUAGCUAAGUCGGGUAACAAGCUUUGUCGGUUAUACAUGACAGCUGAACCACUUCCGGCAGGUCUCGCAGACGACAUAGAAAAAGGAACGAUAAAAAGUACGGAUGAUGUUAAAGAGAGAAGCCGACGCCUUGUUGAUUGUUAUAACUUUGAUCAGACUCAAUCAAAGAAGAUUUGGUGCUUCGGUCCUAACAGCUCGGGUCCCAAUAUGUUGGUAGACUGCAGCAAAGGUGUUCAGAAUCUUCAUGAGAUUAAGGAUACGGUUGUUGCCGGGUUCCAGUGGGCUUCAUCAGAGGGUGUUUUGACAGAAAGUACGGUCAGAGGUGUCCGAUUCAAUUUCCAAGACGCUCACUUUAAAGGUGAUUCGAGUCACCGAGGCGGUGCGCAGAUAAUCCCCGCCACACGGCGUGUCAUGUUGGCAUCCAUGUUAACAGCGAAACCAAAGCUGUUUGAACCCGUCUAUUUGGUGGAUGUUGUGUGCCCAAAGACAUGUCUGGGCUCUGCGAUCAAUCUUUUAUCGCGGAAACGAGGCCAAAUCGUCGACCAAAAAGUUCAAGAAGGAACACCUAUGUGCACUAUACAGGCAUACAUGCCCGUCAAUGAGUCUUUUGGUUUCAAUGGCGAAUUACGUGGCGAGACUGGCGGCCAAGCUUUCCCGCAGUUUUUGUUCGACCAUUGGCAACUUCUGCCUGGUGAUCCAUUAGACGCGUCAUCUAAAGCCGGCGAGAUCGUGGCUGAUAUACGUCAAAGGAAGGGUCUCAAUGUUGAAAUACCAGCUCUUGAAAACUUUUUGGACAAACUUUAAAUACAACUAUAAGAGUCAACUGUGUACUCAAUUUUGCUUGAACUUUCGAAUUUCGGAUGCAUCCAAUUUUUUGUGUGAUGCUAAAAUAUCUUUUUCACUCUUGUUUUAAAAAUGAUAUUCACAAGUAAAUUGGCACACAUGUUUGACACACAUGUUUUGAUCAUAAUUGGUAGAUCUACUGUUUUACAAUCAUUCUUAUAUUUCCAACAAAACGAGUACGGAAUGUAUGUAUUAAUGCAGUAGCUAAAGAAAUAACAUCUCUUAAUUAUUGCUUUAUCAAUAAAUAUACAGAACACAGAAUAAA